CAUGCGUGUAAGAUGGAGAGAAUCAUCACUCGUAUUACGGUCAAUGUUAACGCACCCGAUUCAAGAGCAAUCUGAUCUACAGCUGAUCGUUGUGCCGAUCAGAGAGAAAAGAGAGGAAGACACGAUUUCACGAAUGCAUGCUAAAGAAACUCUGAGCCAAGAGAUCGACCAUUGAAGAACCAGUUUUUGAGAGCACAUAUCGCAACAGUCAGUUCAUGACACUUGCUGGUUGUGGUAAAGAUUGUCCAAGUUCUAGUCUGGUUGUCAAAUUCUUCCUCUUUAGUUUUUGCGGUGAUUCCCCGCGUGCGUUGGGAGCAUUUUAAUUCUUGCAAUGAAGUGGACUUUAAUGUUGGUGUUUCUUGGUCAAACGGUGGCCUACACAAUUCCCACAGUACGCUUCGAAUAUCCGGGAACGCGAGGAUUCCGUGCCAGCAUUCCCGACACUCCCGGCUUAGAGAUGUUUGCCUUUCAUGCGCGCCUCAAUAAACCGUUCGAAAGGUUCGAGGAGGGUGAUUAUGCGGAAGAUGUUACCCGACCGGAUGAGAAUGGAAUGUGGACGUACGACACAAACAAACCAGUCCUCCAGAAUGGCACCAUCAUAUACUACUGGGUGUACGUUCAGUUUGAUAACCAAGGUUACUGGCUAACGGACAAGAAACACACCGUUCUCCGGACCAAGAGUACGGUGGCUCCGAAAACGGCCGCACCAAGGCCGGCGGCUACACCGAAACCUACCACUACAACGGUGGCACCGUGUCCUCCCACACUCACCACGUACAACGGUGGCCAAUCGACCUGUGCCGGGAAGCUAAUCUUUGAGGAUACAUUCGAGCAGGGUAGUUUCGCACCCAAGUGGCAGCACGAAAUCCGAAUUCCACUGGACACAGAUUCGGCAGAAUUUGUGUCAUACCAGAACUUGCCGGACAAUAGCUACAUUGCAGCGGGUCGUCUUGUCAUUGUCCCAACGCUUGUUAACAUGAAUGCGGAUUACACCGAUGAACGCAUCCGCACGGGAGACCUCAUAUUGCAGGGCUGUACCUCGCCUACCAACAAUCCGUACGAAUGUCAACGAAAAGCUGCCCGCUCGACGAUUCUACCACCCGUGGUGUCGGCUAAAUUGAACACCAAAAAUUAUUUCCGCUUCCGGUAUGGGCGUGUCGAGAUACGUGCCAAGCUACCGAAGGGAGAUUGGAUUUUUCCCCAACUGUUCCUUCAGCCGUACGAAAACUAUUACGGAUAUGCCGACUACGCAUCCGGACAAAUGUGGAUCGCCCACAUCCUGGCAAACCGGAUGCUGGUGGCACGUGACGGCAAACAAAUUGAUGGCCAUCGAUUGCGGGGUGGUGUACUGAUCACCAACAGUGGCCCAGUUAGAUCCGACUUUUUGCGCUCCAAUCUUAAUGACGAUCAUUUUGGCGAUCAGUUCCAUGUGUACGGGUUGGUAUGGACGCCGGAACAAAUAUUGCUCACCAUCGAUGGGUUUCAGUAUGGUGCGGUACGUACCAACUUCCGCCAGCACGCCCAACAGCACAACUUAACCCAGGCGAACCUAUGGAAUGCGGAGGCACCGCUUGCACCAUUCGAUCGUGAGUUCUACGUCUCACUUGGUGUUGGUGUUGGUGGGGUAAAAGAUUUCCCCGACCUUUCCCAAACUGGACCAUCGAAAAGCGCUAAACCAUGGAACAAUACCAGCCCAAAGGCGGAAUACUUUUUCUAUCAGAAUCGCAACACGUGGUAUCGAACAUGGACCGAACCGGAACUAACGAUUGAUUAUGUGCGUGUUUACGCCCUAUAACAACACUCGCUGCUUAUUGAACGAUGCAAAAUAAAGCCCUUUUAAGUGGACGAUUGUUCACUGAUACGAUA